AUGAAUCGAUACGACCACAACGCGAUUGCUAAGCUUCGCGGCCACGCCUCGUGGAAGGACUGGCACAAGGCGGUGCUCGUAUACCUCGACGCUAUGGGCCUCCGAUAUCUACUCUUCCCCGACCUCCGGGCGCUGCGAGGCUCCGAGCAGCUACAGUACGUCGCGGACCAGCGACGUGCGGUGCAGCUCCUGGUGAGCAACAUGUCCGAGCAAGUGCUGAAGCGUUUGUGGCGGUGCGGCUGGGAGGCGAGGUCGGCGACGCUGAACAACACGCUCGCGCUGCUGGCGGACCUGCUGGCGGAGCCGGAGCGCUACCCUCAGCAAAGCUACGAGACGCACCGCGACAUCGUCGACCUGGCCCGUGGCGACCUCGUGCCCAAGGGCUUCCAGGGGGCCGCCGCGGCGGACGAGUUCCUGAAGAGAGCGCAGCAGUGUCACCUGCGGCUGCUCGCGCGGUACGGCGGCGGAAACGGGAGCGUUGAGGAGUUGCUCGAGCACCUCUUCACAUCGUCGGUCAUGGAAGGUCUCAAGGCGGCGCGGCCGGACCAGUAUGGGGAGUGGAUGCGCGAGCUGGACGAGGGGCAGCGGUCCGCGUUUGUCGAGCACUUCUCAUCGCUCAUUAAGGACCCUCGCCUGGAUAGCAUGACCGGCCGUCUGGAGGAGCCCACGCCGGAGAGCAACCGGGAACGGAGGACGUGGGAUAGGCGCCGAGCGCGGAACAGGGCGAAGAGAAGCCGGCACGCGUGGGGACUAUCCCAGUCCGCGCCGCAUCGCAAAAGACGUCGAGGAGCGAACUAUCCCAAAAGACUUCAAGAAGCGAACUAUCCCGACUGUUAUCGCCCACGCUACGAUGAUGAUGCGUAG